CAAAAAUUUAGUUUUUAUUACUAUUUCUAUCCUGCAUCACAUUCUCUCUGUUAACAAGAAUGUUGAAAAAGAAAAAAGGGGGAGGGGUAUGUUUUCUCCCACCUAUCUUGAUCCGCCACUGAAAAAAACCCACACAAAACAUAUACUGAGUAGCUUAACGGGAUAUGAGUUCUGAUUACAGUCAGUGACGAAUGACAUUUAUUAUUUUAUUUACAAUCAUUGAAUCAAACCAUAUUUACGACAUCAAAAAACAUUUCCGGCACUUGAAUCGGUGGUGGUUUAUGUUCGUGUUUACAAGUAGAAUUUUCCAAGUUCAAUGACACUGUAAAAGUCAAUCUAAUCCACAGAUAUAUUAAUAUUGAUAACUAGAAAUACACUGACAUACUGCGCGUUCCAUACCCAAGGAUUUGAGAUGAAGCAGACAGAAAAAUCUGUGGACGUUAGCGUCACCCCACCUACUCCGCGAUUCUUCCCACUUCCCAAAGUAAUUAAUGGAGCCAUAGCUGGCAUAGUGGGUGUGACCUGUGUGUUCCCGAUAGAUCUAGUCAAAACCAGAUUACAGAACCAACAGCCAAUGCCAAACGGAGAACUGUACUACAAAAGUCUAUACGAUUGUGCUAAGAAAACCUUCAAGAAUGAAAGAUUCCUGGGGAUGUACAGAGGAUCUGCAGUAAAUCUGCUCCUGAUCACACCAGAGAAGGCCCUCAAACUGGUAGUUAAUGACUAUCUCCGAUACAAAUUUACCAACAAAAAUGGUGUAUUGUCGAGUGGAGGAGCCAUUGUCUCGGGGGCAGGGGCGGGACUGUGCCAAAUCAUUGUCACCACCCCUAUGGAACUUCUGAAGAUCCAACAGCAAGAUGCAGGAAGAAGUGGUGCUGCGAAGUCAGAGCGUAUAACUGCCACAGGAACAGCACUAAAACUGAUCCGUGAGAAGGGAAUUCUGGGAAUUUACAAAGGAUUCAGAGCAACAGCACUCAGGGACGUCACAUUCUCAGCUAUUUAUUUCCCUUUGUUUGCCAUUUUCAAUGAAAAGUUAAUUUCUGCGGAUGUGACAGGGUUAGCAAAGGGACUUGACCAGCCUGUGUUCAUCUACUCCCUGUGUGCGGGGAUCGCAGCGGGGGGCAUAGCCUCUUUGUCUGUUAAUCCAUUUGAUGUUGUGAAAACUCGACUUCAGACUUUAAAGAAGGCUGAGGGAGAAAUAUCAUACUCGGGCAUUGUGGACUGUUUCACGAAAGUAUAUGGAAAAGAAGGGUGGAGGGCGUUCUUCAAAGGCGGCUUUUGCAGAAUUCUGGUUAUCGCACCCUUGUUCGGCAUCGCUCAAGGUGUUUAUUUCCUGGGCAUAGGGGAGAGUAUAGUGGACUUCUUCUCUAAAUCAAAAUGAUAGAUUCCUGAUUUUAGUUUAGUUUACAAAAUAAGUUAAAAUGCAUUCGUUUUUCUAAUUGUCUGUGAUAUUUGGGUUUACUGAACCAAGGAGAACUGACUCAUUGCUGAUUUUGUUUUUCAAACAGGAUCUGAGUUUACACAUGUGAAAUUAUAUUCAGUAUUAUUUUCCACAAUUUUCAGCAUAUCCCAGACUUGUACACGACACUUCAGUAGGACUGGGUAUUGUCAAACCUUUUUCCAUUGCAAAAUAAUAUGAGAUAUUUUAAAAGGUAUUGCACUAUAUGGUAGCAUCAUCCACUAUUAUUUUUACAUGAAGAAUAGAAAACUUGACUGAAAGAGUUUUAGGUAUUCAAAUUUUUUUCUUUUUUUAUUAAUAUAGAAUGAAUACAAUAUAUUUCAGAUAUCUUUAUUAUGGUUAAGGUGUGUUGUUAAUUAAAAAUGAAAAAGUUACUUUCUACACAUACAUGCAUAUAAAUCUGAAAGAAAAGAAGUAAAGUGUUAAAGCAAUAUUAGCUGUCAUUUUGGUGUUGAAAAUUUUUGUUGUAAAAUUGUGAUUUAUUAUUUCAUGACAGAAAAAAUAGGUAUCAUGAUAAAGUAACUAUUGUAUUAGAAAACCUAUUCAGAGGCUCUGAAUGAAGCAAAAGUACAUUAUUGUCUUCCCAUACACAAACGGAUUUCUAUAUAAAAUCUUUAAACUUAACUUUUUAUUUUAACAAUUAUGGUUAAAGUUACAUGCAAAACUUAACAUGAUAGCACAUUUUUACAACAAAAUAAAAUUAAUAUCGCUUUAAAGAGAUAAAUUUCUCAUACUAUGACUUGUAUUAAAUUAAGAUGUUUGCAGUAUACUGAAAGCAUAUUGCAAUAAAAUAUUUUUUUGAGUAUAUAUUACAGUUCAUCAAUAUAUAUAAAUUAUUGCCCAUUGCUACACAUUAAUUUUAUUGUAUGUUAUUGAAAUAGCAUUUCUAGCCAUUAUUUAACAGAAAUAUGCCUCCCAUGCCCGUUGUUUUAAUGUUGUUCGAGUACAUUGAAAUGUGCCAUCGUGAAAGAUUCAUUCCAUUGUUUUUUAUUUUUAUUCUUGAACAAUAAUACAAUAACUGUACCAAUUUUAGCCGAGAUCAUAAUCAAUUUUACGAGUGGUAGCUCAGGAAAUGAGAAGUACAUGUUGGGUUUGACAUUGAUAAUACCCAAUAACCCAUUUAUUGUUUAAAAGAAAAUGAUCUGGCUGAUAGAUGUUGUUCAACUAGUAGCCCAGAUUUUGACUUGUUCAAUGAUUUUUUUUACAUUUCAUUGUAUCUUUAAUUAAAGCAACUUGCUGGUACUUGUAUUAACACACUCCCCCC